AUGGCAUUCGACCCCAAGAACGUGGACCUUACCACCGCCGACGCCAGAGAGAUUGUCUGCUACCUUCAGCUAGGCGAAAACGAGUACAACGGUCACCUUCCCGCCCGUAUCUCCGCAGUGUUCGUCAUGUUGGUGGUGUCAACACUGGGAAUAGCAUUUCCUUAUCUGGGCAAGCAGAUGCCUAAAGUCCGCAUACCUACUCAUCUGUAUCUGUUCGCUCGAUACUUUGGUAGUGGCGUCAUCAUUUCUACUGCCUUUAUACACCUCUUGGAUCCCGCGUACGAAAACAUCGGCUCCAAUAGCUGUGUCGGCAUGACAGGAAACUGGUCUUUAUAUCCUUGGGCGCCAGCCAUCAUGCUCUUUUCCUGUAUGAGCAUCUUUGCCAUCGAUGUCACAGCCCAAAAAUAUGUGGCCGACAGAUACGGCUUAAGUGUCCAUCCGACUAAUAUUGAGAAUGCAAUUACAAAAGGCGCUCCUUCUGCAACUGCGGAUCAAACUACAAUACCACACUCCAAUGAAGAGGACAACACAGAGCAUUGUAUGGCAGAAAAGAUAGCGUUCGCACAACAGUUUGCUGCGUUCUCGAUCCUAGAGGCAGGUAUCAUAUGGCAUUCAGUUUUCAUAGGACUUAACUUUGGCGUUGCUGGUGAAGAGUGGUCGACGUUGUAUAUCGUCUUGAUGUUCCACCAGGCGUUCGAAGGUCUGGGCAUUGGAGCUAGAUUGUCGAUGAUACCCAUGCCCGAGAAGUACAGGAGGUGGUUACCUUGGGCAUGUAUUGUUGGAUAUGGCAUCACGACACCUAUCAGCAUGGCAAUAGGUCUGGGUGUGAGGACUACUUAUAACAGUGGUGGCUACGAAGCGAAACUUGUUGCCGGUGUAUUCGAUGCCAUCAGUGCUGGUAUCCUUGUCUACAACGGACUUGUGGAGUUGCUGGCAAGAGACUUCAUCUUUGAGCCGCAGACGAAGAGUAACAGCCGUUUGGCUUUCAUGAUGGGGUGUGUCUUCCUUGGGGCUAUGGUCAUGUGUAUCCUCGGAGAGUGGGCUUGA